UAAGAAGGAGGCCUGGUUCCCUGUUAGAGUCCCAAGGAGUGAGAGGAGGAAUGGCUGUGGGUGCCUCCAGUGAAGGCAGAGUCCUGGACAUCAGGGUUCCAACCGCAGGAAACACCCAGAGAGCAUCAGGUCAGCCUGAUGAGCCUCCUGGCUCCAUGGAUCAUCAAGCUUCAGUUCAGCAAUUUUCAGGUGAGUACGUUUCACUUGGAAACCCUUCAGAUGGUGAGGCUUUAUAUGAGACUUCUGCAGGCGAGAGCACUUUAAGUGAGCACUCUUCAGGUGAGCACACUUCAGCUGAACAUACUUCCAGUGAGCACACUUCGAGUGAACACACUUCAGGUGAACACACUUCAGGUGAGCAUGCUACGGGUGAACACACUUCAGGUGAACGUGCUUCAGGAGAGCACACUUCUGGUGAACCUUCAGUUGAACAGUCUUCAGGUGAAAAGCCUUCAGUUGAACAGCCUUCCGGCGAACAGUCUUCAGGUGAAAAGCCUUCCAGUGAACAGCCUUCCGGCGAAAAACUUUCAGGUGAACAGGCUUCAGGUGAACAGGUUUCAACUGAAAAGCCUUCAGGUGAACAAGCUUCCAGUGAGAAGCCUUCUGGUGAACAGGCUUCAAGUGAACAAGCUUCAGGUGAGCAGGCUUCAAGUGAACAAGUUUCAGGUGAAAAGCCACUGGGUGACCAGCCUUCAGGCAUUCCACCAUCAAGCACAUUUUCAGGCCCAAUAUUAAAUUGCCACACAUGUUCAUAUAUGAAUGAUCAAGGAAAAUGUCUUCGUGGAGAGGGAGUCUGCUCCACUCAGAAUUCCCAGCAGUGCAUGUUAAAGAAGAUCUUUGAAGGUGGAAAACUCCAAUUCAUGGUUCAGGGGUGUGAGAACAUGUGCCCGUCUAUGAACCUCUUCUCCCACGGAACCAGGAUGCAAAUUAUAUGCUGUCGGAACCAAUCUUUUUGCAACAAGCUCUAGAAGCCUGUGCCCUCGCUUCCUGCCCUGACUCAGGCAGCAAAACUUCUCCAUCAUCAUACAGGGCUCGAUUUAUAUUUUGUUUCUUUCCCAGCCAAUAACUAAUCAUUUCUGCCUCCGCCUGAGUGUCAGGAUGUUCAAAUACCUCCCCUUCCCUCUCCUAUCCAUGCCCCGUUACCCUUUCUUAUCUGUCAUCUGUCUUCCCUUACCCCAUCUCUCAACACACUUUUCUUUCUCAAUAAAUUCUGCAUGGUCAAGAAUACAGCCUGGAGAUGCACUUCUUUUCCCAUCAGCCAGCUGCAGGGUCGGCCUGAGCUUGCUUCCUCUCCACACACUAAAGUGGACGUGUUCUAAAUCACUC